UUUCUCAAUAUGCCUUCUGAUGCAAAAAAGCAACGCGAUAAAGCCAAAAAAGACAAGGAAAAAGCUGCCUCAAAACAACGUAGAGGAAAAAAGGGUGGAACAAAUUCAGAACAGAAUCCAGUUGAAGACGGAUUGAAUGACAACAAAAUUGAAGAAAAUGGAAUUUCUCAAGCAGAAAUGGAUGCCGUUACGGACGUUUUGCAUCGUGUUGAAUUAGAAAAUGCUAAAGCUCGUGCAGUUGCUGGCGUUUUAACUUCACAAGAAAGAAGCAUAAAUUUAAAAAUUGAUCAACUGACAAUUACCUUUCAUGGACGUGAAAUUGUGACGGAUACAACACUUGAAAUAAAUAUGGGACGAAGAUAUGGGUUAAUUGGACUUAAUGGAAGUGGCAAAUCUUCACUAAUGCAAGCAAUUUUCUUACGUGAGAUGCCUAUCCCUGACCAUAUCGACAUGUUUCUUGUUAGUCGAGAAAUGGCGGCCGUGGAUUUGCCUGCACUCCAAGCUGUUAUUAACGUUGAUAAAGAACGUAUUGCAUUAGAAAAACAAGCGGAAGAAUUGGCUGCUUAUGCUGAUGAAGAAUCCCAAACAAAAUUGUUGGAUAUUUAUGAAAGAUUGGACGAAAUGGAUGCAGACAAAGCUGAAGUUAAAGCUGCUGAAAUUCUUCAUGGACUUGGUUUUACUCGUCAAAUGAUGCAAAAACGUUGUAAAGAUUUUUCUGGUGGAUGGAGAAUGAGAAUUGCUUUGGCACGCGCUUUAUAUUUGAAGCCUUCAUUGCUUUUACUAGACGAGCCUACUAAUCAUUUGGAUUUGGAUGCUUGUGUAUGGCUAGAAUCUGAACUUUCCAAAUACAAACGUUCAUUGUUGAUUAUAUCCCACUCACAAGAUUUUAUGAAUAAUGUUUGUACAAAUGUGAUUCAUUUGUUUCAGAAGAAGUUGAUUUAUUACACGGGUAAUUAUGAUACUUUCAUCAAAACUCGUUUGGAACUACUCGAAAAUCAGGCAAAACGGUACAAAUGGGAACAAGAACAAAUUAAACAUAUGAAGGAAUACGUUGCUCGUUUUGGUCACGGAAGUGCAAAAUUGGCAAGACAAGCACAAAGUAAAGAGAAGACAAUGGCAAAGAUGAUUGCUGGUGGUUUAACAGAAAAAGUUGUUUUGGAACAGACAAAACAAUUUUACUUCUUUGAGCCUGAUAAUAUUCCACCACCUGUAAUUAUGGUACAACAUGUUAGCUUUAGAUACAAUUCAAAUUCGCCUUGGAUUUACCAGGAUCUUGAUUUUGGGAUUGAUUUGGACACUCGAGUUGCUUUAGUUGGACCAAACGGAGCUGGGAAGUCGACACUUUUGAAAUUGCUCGCAGCCGAUUGUGAACCGACUGAUGGAAUGAUUCGAAGACAUUUACACUGUAAAAUUGGAAAAUACCAUCAGCAUCUUGUUGAAGAAUUACCUUUGGAACUCAGCGCCCUCGAAUAUAUGCAAAAAGCAUUUCCUGAUGUUCGAGAAAAGGAAGAAAUGCGUAAAAUUAUUGGUCGUUAUGGGCUUUCAGGUUUUCUGUCUUUGAAAGCUUUUAAAAAAGUUUUCAAAAUAUUUUCUUUUAAAGGAAGAGAACAAGUUUGUCCGAUGAAACAAUUAUCAGAUGGUCAACGAUGUCGUGUAGCUUUUGCCUGGUUAGCUUGGCAACAACCACACUUGUUACUUUUUGACGAACCGACAAACCAUUUGGAUAUGGAGAGUAUUGAUGCACUUGCUGAGGCUAUCAAUAAUUUUGGAGGAGGAAUGAUUUUGGUUUCCCACGACUUUCGAUUAGUUCAACAAGUUACUGAUGAAAUUUGGGUUUGCGAUAAUAGAAAAGUUACCAAAUGGGAUGGUGACAUUUUCUCCUAUAAACAACAUUUACGUGAUCGUAUUGAAAAUCGAAAAAGAAUAAUGACCGAACGAUGA